CGAAGCUUCUGAAGAGCUGACGGAGGUGGUGUGUCUGGAGUCCGAUCUGCAGGAUGGACAGAUGAUGGAAGUGGAGGUAGGACGUCACAAUGUUCUAUUGGCACGGAGUGAAGGCAUGUACAGCGCCACUGGCAAUCAGUGUACCCACUACGGAGCUCCCCUGAGCAGAGGGGUUCUUUCAGGGCACAAUGUGCGCUGCCCGUGGCACGGUGCCUGCUUCAACAUCCACACUGGAGACUUGGAGGAAUACCCUGGCAUGGACUGUCUACCCUGUCAUAAGGUGAAAGUCGAAAACAACAAAGUGUAUGUGUCCAUAAACAAAAAGACAGUGAGACAGACCAAACGAAUAAAGAAGAUGGGCACCAGAGUACAAGGCGUCAUGCACACCAUCGUACUCCUUGGGGGAGGGUCUGCUUCAUUAGUGUGUGCGGAGACUCUGAGACAACAAAACUUUGGAGGCAGAAUCAUCAUGGUAACCAGGGAUGACCUUCUACCCUACGACAAAACACGACUUAGCAAGGUGAUGAAUGUGGAGAGUGACACCAUUCUGCUGAGGAGGAUGGAGUUCUUCCAAGAGUAUGACAUUGAGGUGUGGCUCAGCAAAGAGGCCCUGUCAAUGGACACAGAGAAGAAGACAGUAACAUUUGAUGACGGUUUAGUCCAGAGCUACGACCAGCUCCUCAUAUCCACAGGAUGUAGAGCAAAGGGUCUGGAGUGUCCAGGGAAAGACCUGCAGAACGUAAUGAUGCUGGAGACACCAGAAGAUGCCAGACAGAUCCAUGCUGCCUGCAUAGGCGCUCGUAUCGUCAUCGUGGGGACGUCCUUUGUCGGCAUGGAGGUGGCAUCCUAUAUGACGGACAAGGCCACUAGCAUCACAGUGAUUGGCAGCAGUGAAAUGCCCUACCAGAAGACACUUGGUCUUGAGAUCGGCAAGGUCACCAUGAUGAUGCUCUCACAGAAGGAUAUCAAGUUCUAUAUGAAUGACAAUGUGAAAGAGGUUCGCGGAAAUAAUGGCAAGGUAAAAGAGGUUGUGCUGAAAAGUGGGACAGUCUUUCCUGCUGAUGUUUUAAUCGUUGGGAUCGGUGUGAUCCCAAACGCAGAGUUCCUGCAGAGUACUCCCAUAGUCAUGGACUCUAGGAACUUUGUCAUAGUGGACAAGUACAUGAGGACCAAUGUUCCUGAUGUGUUCUGUGGAGGAGACCUGGCAACCUUCCCCCUGACCAUGGCCAAAAACCAGAUGGUCAAUAUAGGUCACUGGCAGAUGGCACAGGCACACGGAAGAAUAGCUGCCCUAAACAUGCUGGAAAAAAACACUGAGCUCAACUCAAUACCUUACUAUUGGACUGUACUGCUGGGGAAGAACAUCCGAUAUGCAGGCUAUGGGGAAGGAUACACUGACAUAGUGAUAAAAGGAAGAGUGGAAGAACAGAAGUUCCUGGCCUUUUAUAUUAAGAAUGGCGAGGUAAUAGCAGCAGCCAGUCUGAACUAUGACCCUGCUGUUUCUGCUGUAGCCGAGAGGUUGGCUACCGGAAAUGUCAUCACCAAGGAAGAGGCUGAAUCAAAUGACUUAAGCUGGCUUAAGAUGAAACUGUCCUGAAUAUCCGUUCUCCCGCUCAUGACUCGUCAUCACUUCAUCGCAGACAAACAUAAUCUCCCGCUCAUGACUCGUCAUCACUUCAUCGCAGACAAACAGAAUCUCCCACUCAUGACUCGUCAUCACUUCAUCGCAGACAAACAGAAUCUCCCGCUGUCCAUCUCAGUUCCUCAGGCAAACCUCCUAAUCCCUUCUUUACCACCUGUCGGAAAAGAAUGACACGCAAUGCUAAGUUGGGACUAGGGGUGAAGUGGGAGGUUAUCGCAUUUAAACCGCCAAAACAACAUAUACCUCUGACAAACAGAUAUUUUUUUGGGGGGGGGGGUUUACAUUCAUGAGGAUGAGUUUUCUAGGUUUUCCAUUUUGGGGAACGUUAAACAGUUGUGAUGUCACCAAUGUCCUCAAGUUGUGUCAACUUAUCUCUCACGUCAACCUCCCGAUAAUGCAGGCACGACAGCAAAGUAGCGUCACGUUAUUUAGUGUUCUACUGUCUGUGCUUAUUUUAGGUUUCUGUGGAAGGCAGUUGCCGGGGUCACACGUGGUUGACAGUAAUGGCAGGUUUGGCCAUGCAGACGGACCAAUGAGAACACUGUUUAGGGGAUUAGAUGGACAGAGGGCAACAGCCGCGGUCUUUGAGGCAGAGAUGCUGAAUUAGGCAAAGUGAACAAAACAGGCUGUGGUCAGGAUAAUUGACAUGGACAAAAACACAACACAAAGAGACAACACCAAAACGCGUACAAAAGAACUGCUGCGCUGAUUCUCUCUCUCUCUACUCUCUUUCUGUCCUUCCCUCUAACUUUAACUCUAUCUCUCUUUGUCUCCCGCUGUCUUUGGUUCUGCUUGAAGAUACAUUCAAACGAUUCAUAUCACUACAGAGAUACACUGCCUUGCAAAAGUAUUUAAACCCCUGACCAGUUCUCUCACUUUACUGAAUUACAAAUGUUACAUUGACAUUUUACUCAAUAUCAUUUGAUAUUUUUAUUUGAUAACAUUGACACUCAACAUCAAUUAUUGGCAGGCUAUUGUAAGAACAUUGGUUUAGUGUUGGGAACUAUUUAUAAGAGCAAUAAAAAAAGGCAAUAUACUGUAUUGCUUGUGUAUGUACUGUAUUCAACCCCUGUGAUGUGGAAGCUCCAAGUUUACAAAGAAAUAUCCCUAAUGUGAACAUAGUUACCCAACCUUUGGCCUCUGCCAAAUUCUGCAUAAAAAGCCAUGGAUCAUUGGUCAAGCAUUCUACAGAGGUUAAAGAUAUAGGAAUACAAAUGCAUAAUUAGGAAAAGAGUAAAAAAAAUACAAGUGAUUGGAUAUCUCAGUGAGCACAGUUGGAUCAAACAUCAGGAAGUAGAAGCAGGUUCUGCCCAAAAAAGGCUGUCCUUUAAAACUCAGCUCAAACAAAGAGUCUUGUUAGAGAAUUCACAGAGAUGCCAACAUGCCUUUGAAGAUUUUACACAUUCAGUGGCUGGGUGUGAAGUAGUGGGUGCCUGAUCAGUCAUAUCAAGAGCUUUGAAAGAAACUUGUCUGUAUUGGAGGGUGGUAAAAGCUUGAGAGUGACCCAGAUGCAAUCUGGGAAAAUAUUUUUUUUUGUCAAAUGAGACCAAGAGUUUUUUGGCCAAAGCUCAAAAUGUUGUGUUUCCUGACCUAAAACCGCCCAUGCCUUAAUGCACACCAUCCUUACAGUGAAGUAUAGUGGUGUAAGCAUCAUGCUGUGGGCAUGCUUCUCAUUAGCAUGGAUUGGCCAGCUUGCUAAAAUGUAAGUAAGAAUGAAUGUAAGUAAAAAUGUAAGUAAGACUGGGAAAUACUGCCAGAGAACAUGGUUCAGUCCAUGAAUCUGUGAUACCAUUUGAAAAUGUUGGUCAACAGUCAUUGCCAAAUCAAAGUGAACAACUUGACCCAAAUCUGCCAAGAUGAAUGGACCAAAAUCCCUCCAACACUGUAUCAGUUUUUUCAAAUAAAAUAUCAAACGGAAACAAAAUUUACCAUUUGUAAUUCAGUAAUACAGUAUGAGUGAAUUGGUCUCGUGUCUGAAUACUUUUACAACGCAAUGUAUUUAGCUGGAAUAGUUCUGCUCUUCAUGAAGAUAAGAGCUAAGUACAAUCAGUCAGGUGUCAUGGGGAAAAGAUACAAAAGUAACAGACGAGAACCUCUUAUUUUUUACACAAACUGACUUUGAUGGCUAAGAUGGAAUAUUAACAUGUGGUUGUACAUGGCAUUUACCAAAGUGAAUGUCAAAUUUUACAAAAUGUUUGGAUUCAAAAAGUUCUCAGGAAUUACAAUAUCCUAAACCGUCACUAUCCCUGCGUAUUCAUCACUGUCUUCCUUUUUAUUAGUUUAGCUGUAUUUGCCAGUUGCCCUGUCAUCCAGGGAAGGUAAGGUCUGCCACCCAAUGAUGGGUAGCAGGAGUGUUUCUGACAAUGUGUGCCAAAUGUGAAACUAUUCCCUAUUUAGUGUACCACUGUUGUCAAAUCUGGGGUGGCCGGUUGCCUAGUAGUUU